CGGCAGGCAGGCAAUGAGAGCAGUUGUGUUGUUGUCUCUCUUCAUACAUGCUCGUUCCGAGUGGCAGAGUGUAAUUGGACUAGAAAUUCAUGCACAGAUUCAGUCCCGCUCCAAGCUUUUCUCUAGAGCAGGAACAAGCUAUGGAGCCAGCACCAACUCCCAAGUUUCUCACUUUGACGCUGCUUUACCUGGCACUCUGCCUGUUCUUAACCGUCGCUGUGUGGAGGCUGGAGUUUUGACGGCUCUUGCUCUUGGCUGUGACAUUAACAUGGUUUCAAAAUUUGAUCGGAAGCAUUAUUUCUAUGCUGACUUACCUGCUGGCUAUCAGAUCACCCAGCAGAGACAGCCCCUGGCGGUCAACGGUCAGGUGACGUACGUGUACCAAUGUUCUCGCACCAGCCGCGUGGAGCGGAGGUCGGCCAGGCUCAUCCAGCUACAGCUGGAGCAGGAUAGUGGCAAAAGUUUACACGACAGCGAACAGAGACUGAGCCUGAUCGACCUCAACCGUGCAGGUGUGGGGCUCAUGGAAAUUGUGACAGCUCCUGACUUCUGCGGCGGUGACGAUGCAGCUAGCUUUGUCAGAGACUUGCGGGAUGUUCUGGUCUCUAUCGGAACAUGUGACGGGAAAAUGGCAGAGGGCUCCCUGCGAGUGGAUGCCAACAUUUCGGUGAACCGACCCGGUGAAGAGUUUGGGGUCAGGACAGAGGUGAAAAACCUCAACUCUGUGAAGAGCAUGCGGGCAGCCAUCAAUUACGAGAUUGAAAGGCAAAUUCAGAUUUUAGAUACUGGUGGCACCGUUGUGAACGAGACACGGUCGUUUGAUCUGGACACAGGAGAGACGGUGGCCAUGAGAGACAAGGAGAAGGUGUUAGACUACCGGUUCAUGCCGGAGCCAAACUUACCUCCGCUAGUCCUAUACAGCCAGCGCGAGUCUGUGCCGCUGUCUUUGCCCUCGUCCCAGCGGCCCAACGUUGUUGUUUUGGAGGAAGUUCAAGGUCAAAUGAAAGAACUUCCGGAGGACAGAAGGAAACGGCUAGAGACAAGAUAUGGAGUCUCUUUGAUCAACUCUGUGAUACUUGUGCCCCAUAGAGACAAGUGUUCUGGCCGAGAUCGUACGCCUGUACCACGAAGGCAAAGUCAGUGGGAGUGCCGUCAGUGUGCUGCUGUCGGAGAAGACGUUAGACGGUCAGCUGUCAGUGUCAGAGGUCAUAGAACGACACAACCUGUGGAUGUUGAGGGACACGUCUGUAAUCGAAGCCGCUGUAACGGACGUCUUCUCCCGCAAUCCAAAAAUGAUCAAAGCCUACAAGAAAGGCAAAGUGAAUCAGCUGGAUGUUCUGGCUGCCAAAGUGAUGAAGAAGCUGGAGGGAAAAGCUGACAGCAGACUGGUGCUGACAAUGGUCUCUGAGAGGCUCAAGGACUGACGUGUCCCUGGCAAGCUGUUCCUGGCCUUUGAGUCAAUCUCAACUCUACGUGUGCAUGUUGUGCACUGUUAGCUCAGAUGAUCUCAGCUCUGCUGGGACUAAUAUAUGGAUGACCCUGGUUCAAAUCUUUCUAAGGAAAUUUUUGAACUUUGUAAAUGGCAAAGAAUUUUCAGCCGCAGAACUCGUCUCUUCUCUCUCGCUGCAAAAAGAUGCUCUGUGAGCUCAGAUAAUAUCAUCUCCUCCAGCAUGAACAUGUGAAUCUGGUGCACUGAGAGUGGGGAAUUCUUGAACAUGAGUUGUUUUAUCCCGACUGUCCAAAGAAAGCUGCAAUCCUGGGAAAACAAAACUUUCCUGCUGUAGUGCUUGUAGAGUACACAUGGUAAAAUAGACGCUCUGUGUACUUAACGAAGCCAGUCUGUUGCUAUAGAAGUGCUGGCAAAAGUAGAUCUUUUUCCUUCUUUACCCAAGGUACUUUCUUGGUCUAGCACAUGAUAGUGAAGUUACAAUGCCCGUAUUACUCCUCUUCUUUCAUUGAAGGAAACAGUUUUUUUCUGUCUCCUGAAAAAACCUUCUGGGUGUUCUAUGAUAUAAUACAGUGGAGUCCACUUGUAACGAGUCCUGAAAUAAUGAGAAGUCUGUUAUAAAGACACAAUUCUUAAACCCU